AACAUCUGUUCAACAGGUGACAUAGAGGAUUGUUUGGUUGCACCUGUUUCUCAAGGACAAUUCACUCCACUUCCGGAAGCCCUUUGUUGGGCAAUCUUAGAAUUAACGUCACAAAGGCAAGCAGCGACAUUGGACACCCUCAGAUCAGCACUCAGGAAUGCAUUUCCGGCAAUGCAAAGACCUAACCGUGAACUCGUUUAUGAUGCAUUAGCUAAAUUAAUGCAAGAAAGAAAGAUUUACCAUACGUCUCAGGGAUAUUUCGUGGUAACACCGGAAACUAGAAGAUUAAGGCGCGAUUCCGGAAGUUCUAGAAGAUGUUCGAGAGAAGUUAACGGUACCAGAGGCCAGGGUGGUAUGCUUAUGAGUAACGACGAAGCUAUGGCAUUGGUUCAUGGGGAAAUGUUAACCCUUAGAGAUGGUGACGUUACGCAUCAGGCUGUACAAACCAAUCUGGCGGAUGUCAUCUGUGGUGGUAAUCCAAACGACAAGGUAUUGUUUGCCAGGUGUCGAUCGAUGCCAGGUCGUCUCGAAAGGAGACACUCGCUUAGACUAUGGGGAUCGGCCAGACGUUUACACCGAAGCGGAAGUUCACGGUCUUUGCCAAGGAGGCCGGAAAGAAGUGACACUUCGUCUAGUGCCGAAUACGCCAGCACCGAUAGCGCACCUCAUAGUCCAACCAGCUUUUCGGUUAUGUUUUCAGAAAAAAUAGGCUUGCUCUCGCGGCUAUUUCGACGUAGCACGAGGAGAAAGGGUGCACCAUUAAUGGGUACGUUCAGCGCUCAAUAUCCUCCAACCGAAUGGUUUAAUCCACGUGUCGUACAUCUACAUAGCGUAGCUACGCAAACGAGAGCUGCUAGUCCUUCGAUGAUGGAAGGGUUGGAUCAGUCGCAGACCAGUUUCCAAGUCUGGGACGAUUCAAGCUCAGUAAGAUCAGCAACAUUACCAAGGCGGCACCGACGCCAAGCCAGCGGGGAUUCGUCGAGUUUAUUGGCAAAUUCUACACCGAGAAGUUCUAGAAGGCAUAGAUCGCCAUGUUCGACUAUGCCAAGAUCAAAAUGUUCUAGCUUGAGUAGAUGUACCUCUAGGGCAUCUGUCCUUCCGCCUAACGCCAAUCAAGAACCAUACCAGACUCGUAAUCAAGUUCAAAAUGGUAAAAAUUCGGCAAAUUCAUCCCCAAGUAGAAGCGGUGGAAGUUCUGGCUCCGUUAGGACUACCAAUAACGUAGUUAGUCCUGGAAAAACUGCUACUAUUACUAGGUCCUCUAAUACAAGGCAGCAAUCGAGUUCUCGUAGGCCGAGUCACGAUUCGACUGCUAGCGGCAUUAAAUCAAACAACGGUUCGCCCCAGCACAAGGUACUGCAAAAGACGUCUUCCGGUCAUUCGUCUCACUCGAGUGGGAAAUCGAUUUCUAGCGGUAAACUUUCGUCUUCCCCGUUGAAGACGAACACGCUGCCGGCUAAAUCGUCACCGUUGAAGGUCGUACAGCAGGGAUCGUUAACACCAUUACAAGAAGCCCAAAAUUCUAUAACACUUCAAGUAUCGACGAAUCUAAGCCCGGUCAAUGGUUCGUCUCAGGAACAACGUGCUAUACAAAAUAGCGUAACUUUGGCAUCUAAUGCAACUAGUACGACGACUAUUUCUGGAUCACCGGGAACUAAGAUUUAUGUACAUCAAAAUAAUUCACCAAUGAGAUCGGUCAUUACUUUUGAGAAUGGUACGGUUAAGACUAAAGUUACGGAAAAGGAUAACACGGAUUGUAAGGAAAAACAAGAACGCGAACUUGUCGGUGAAAAAGUUUACAAAUCACGAUUGGACGAAGAUAAAUUAUUAUUUAAAAGUAAACACAAUGACGAGGAUAAAAUGAAUAAAUCUAGUAAAAUCGAACGGCCUUCUUCGCUUUAUUCGGGAAAGGAUACAAAACCUGGAUUAUUAUUAUCGGAAUCCGAUAAAGAAAACAAGCCUAAAGUCGAAGAGGAAACGCCGAGUAAAUUGAAAUUGACCAAUCGUUUGAACAACAGUCAAGUUCAUCUUAUCGAUGGAUCUAACGGUAACAUAGAUAAAAAUUCAUUAUCCCAUGAACACCCUACUGGUAAUUUAUCCAGUACGAAAAAUACCAACGAUGCCAUGAACAAUUCUCGAAAAUUAAGUCUCUCGUUAUCGAAGGAUGCUUUGAGUUAUCGAAAUUUACUCCGUCCAGGAUCGAAAAAUAAUAUCUCAUCUAAUCCGCCAUCACCUACGAAAUCAUUCGACGGUUUCGGGGGUUCCUUCAACAACGUUUAUAUUGAAAAUCUCGAAUCAGCUAAACAACAAAGAGCACCACAGGGCUCCGAGCCUAAUUUAGAAAAGACUGUAAGCCGUGGCGAUCUUUAUUCUUAUCCGAGCUUGAGCGACAUGCAAGUUCAAUUUACCAGUUUGGCAGCUCAGAAAAUACUUAAGGGUUGUCCGAUAAAUAGCGUUGAUACAUUGGUCGAGGUUAACAUGGCCGCUGCAGAAAAACCAAACAAUUGUGACGUUACCGUUCAUACGGAUUUUGGCCUAGUUUGAACAAUCGAAUAAUUAUUAUCGAAUUAACGUUAAACUGUGUACGAUUUAUAACUAUGAAACUCAUCAUUAUCAUUGUCAUUAUCAUUAUCAUCAUCAUCAUCAUCAUUAUUAUCAUCAUUAUUCAUAUCAUCGACGUAUUUCGAUUAAUUUCUUUACGAACACAGCGUAACGUUGUAACAUGAACGGGUAUGUAAAUGAAAACGAUCAAGUCCCAAGUGAAACUACCCUUUUAUCUCGGUUCUAACGUCCUGUAAUAUAUCUAAUAGGUAAUAACCGCGUUCGAUACACACAAAUCACGUGAAACGUCACUGCCGUUGUCCGAAUAGAGAAAAAAAAAAAAAGAAAAGAAGAAAAAAAGAAAGAAAAAAAUAUGAGAUAAAAAGGAUCUAAAUCUAGAGAUAAAUAUAUGACGGUAGUAAAUAAGUGAUACUGCGAUAUACGUAUAUAUGUAACAUAUAUAUAUAUAUAUAUA